ACUUGCAGCAUUCGGACAACAUUUUUUGUAAACAAUAACAUUUUUUAUCAAUUUUCGUAAAAAUGCCUCAAUGUUGUGCUUUGAAUUGUAAAAAUCAAGGAGUUCACAUAUUUCCCAAAGACCCAAAGCGAAGAAAAAAGUGGGAAAAUGCUUUGCGAAUUAAGAAUUUCAAAGCAAGUAAUUCCGCACGCUUAUGUUCAUUUAAUUUCACAAAAGAUGAUUAUUUUGGAAGAAGUAAAUACACAGAUGCUGAGCCACAUGCAAAAUUUUUAAGAAAAACUGCUGUGCCAUCUGUUUUUUCUUUUACUCAAACUAAUCUAGAAAAUCCGGCAGCAUUAGAACGCCAACAUCGCCUUGAAAAAAGAAGUCAAAGAAUACUCUUAUAUUUUAAUCAGCAGUUACAACCUAAUUCACAGCCUACAACUAGUGAAGAAGUUUUCACUGAUAUAACUUCAGCAGUAGGUUGUGAGAAAGAAACAGUGACUAAAAAUUCACCUAUUGGAAGAACACUUGGGACAAUUAGUGAGCAUGAACAUUCAACAAAGAGUACUCAGGUUGACCAAGAGUACAUUUAUGGUUCAAUAAAAAGGUUUACAGAUGAUGACAAAUCUAUACAAUUCUAUACAGGCUUUGAGUCUUACAAGAAAUUCCAAUUUGUCUUUGCAACUCUUAGCCCAAUGGCUCACAAAAUUAAAUAUUAUUACAGCAAUGUAAUAAACUUAUCUGUAGAGGAUCAGUUCUUUCUAACAAUGAUGAAAUUAAGGCAAAAUAAGUGCAACUUUGAAUUAAGCAAGUUUUUCAAUAUAAGUGAAACUACAGUCACAAAUAUAUUUAUAACCUGGGCUAACUUUAUUCACCAAUUGUGGAGCAGAUUAAACAUUUGGCCAAGUAAAAAGUUGGUCAAGUACUACAUGCCUGAACAUUUUAAAAAGUUUGAUGAAAAUAUUAGAGUAAUUUUAGAUGAAACUGAAAUAGCAGUGCUAAAACAAAAAAAUCCAAGUGGAGACACUAUACUAGCUGACAGAGGAUUCACAGUUCAAGACAAUAUGUUUGCUGAUAGAAACAUUAGUGUCAGGAUUCCAACAUUUUUAAAGGGGAAAUCGCAGUUGCCGGGCUUAACAGUAAUUAAAGACAGAGAAUUGGCUAGUAAACAUGUUCAUAUUGAGAGGAUUAUAGAAUUAACCAAAACUUACAAAAUCCUAAAAUCAGAACUGGAUCAUAAUUUCAUACCAAUAGCAAGUAAAAUAUUUUUCAUUUGUUUUAUGUGUUGUAACUUUAGAGAAUAUGGUAUAUUAUGAAAU